AUGGCCUCUGCCGGAAUGCAGAUCCUGGGAGUCGUCCUGACACUGCUGGGCUGGGUGAAUGGCCUGGUCUCCUGCGCCCUGCCCAUGUGGAAAGUGACCGCUUUCAUCGGCAACAGCAUCGUGGUGGCCCAGGUGGUGUGGGAGGGCCUGUGGAUGUCCUGCGUGGUGCAGAGCACCGGCCAGAUGCAGUGCAAGGUGUAUGACUCACUGCUGGCGCUGCGGCAGGACCUGCAGGCUGCACGUGCCCUCUGUGUCAUCACCCUCCUUGUGGCCCUGUUCAGCUUGCUGGUCUGCCUUGCUGGGGCCAAGUGUACCACCUGUGUGGAGGAGAAGGAUUCCAACGCCCACCUGGUGCUCACCUCUGGGACUGUCUUUGUCAUCUCAAGGGUCCUGACGCUAAUCCCCGUGUGCCGGACAGCGCAUGCCAUCAUCUGGGACUUCUAUAACCCCCUGGUGGCUGAGGCCCAAAAGCAGGAGCUGGGGGCCUCCCUCUACUUGGGCUGGGUGGCCUCAGGCCUUUUGUUGCUGGGUGGGGGGCUGCUGUGCUGCACUUGCCCCUUGGGGGGGUUCCCGGGGCCCCAGCCAUUACAUGGCCCGCUACUCAACAUCUGCCCCUGCCAUCUCUCAGGGGCCCUCUGA